AUGUCGGUCUCUAAGGGCGAAGAAAAGGCGCGCAAUGCUCCUGAGCCGUCUUUCCCAAAGAUGAGCUUGGAAGAAACCAACAUUUCAGAAGCCACGGGUCAGCUCGAAGCCAGCAUGGUGCCUGUCACAGGGACCAAGCAGACAUUGCGACACCUAAGGCCACGACACAUCCAAUUGAUGGCCUUCUCUGGUGCCAUUGGAACCGGUCUGUUUGUCGGAUCAGGCUCUGCUCUCGCCCGGGCUGGUCCUUUGGGGUUAUUUCUAGGCUACAGUAUUUAUGCCUUGCUUGUUUGGUCAACAUUCAAUGCAGUCGGUGAGAUGGUCGUCUGGCUCCCAAUUGACAGCUCCUUUGUGGUCUUUGCACACGCUUUCCUCGACGAUGCAUGGGGUUUCGCCUUGGGUUGGCUAUAUACCGUCACCAAUGCACUCUCUGCAGCUGGUGAAGUGGCCGCUGUGGCCGCGAUAUUCAAUUUCUGGACUGUGUCCGUGAACAAUGCACUUUACGUGGCGAUUGUGUCAACUUCUUUGGUCGCCCUCAACAUUUUCGGGGUGCGGAUUUACGGCGAAGGCGAAUUCUACUUCUCGCUCUUUAAGAUAAUACUCAUUCUGGGCUUGCUCUUGAUGACAUUUAUUCUGAUGGUAGGAGGAAACCCUCAGCACGACGCCUUUGGCUUCCGAUACUGGAAAGAUCCAGGGCCUUUCAACGAGUAUAUCGCUUCCGGUAGUUGGGGCAAGUACUGCCAUUUCUUGGGCUUUUGGUCCGUGUUCGUCCAAGCUGCCUUUGCCUUUGGUGGACCUGACUACAUCGCGCUUUGUGCUGGCGAAGCCCGGGCUCCACGCCGCGUUAUGCCCUCGGUAUUCAAACGUGUGAUCUAUCGGUUGGCAUUGUUCUACAUCCUGGGAGUCCUUGCUGCUGGCAUCAUGGUUCCCUCUGAUGACCCAAAUCUCGGCUCUAGCAAGCCCGGUGCUGGGGCUUCGCCGUUCGUGAUUGGCAUCACCAGACUGAAGAUUCCGGUCCUCCCUCACAUCAUUAAUGCGAUGCUCCUAACCUCAGCCUGGUCGUGCGCCCUGGAGCUUUUCUAUGCCUCUACCCGGUCUUUGUAUGCAUUAGCCGUCGACGGUAAGACCCCCAGGUUCCUCCUCUUCACCUGGCGAGGAGUUCCAACCUUUUGUGUUGUCGCAGUCUGGAUUGUUACUUGGAUCUCCUUCAUGUCAGCUUCCAACGGGUCGCUCACCGUCUUUACCUGGCUUACCAGCAUUGUUGGCUCCGGCAACUUGCUGAUUUACAGCAUCUUUCACAUCACUUACAUCCGAUUUCGACUUGCGCAGAAGGCACAGGGGAUCCGGGACGACCAGCGGCCGUGGUUCCGGCGUUAUCAGUAUUAUUAUUCGAUUGUCUCACUGUUCUUUUACCUGAUUAUCUUCUUCACCAAUGGGUUUUCGGUCUUCACUAAAGGGAACUGGUCGACUGCCAACUUUAUCUUCGCUUAUUUUUCCUUCGGUCUUUUCUUGGUCACAUAUGUGGGCUACAAGCUGAUCAAGCGUCCAAGAAUGUCUCCACUCAAAGCAGUUCCACUCCACGCGGGUAGGCAUGAACUGGACAUGGACGAUGGCUAUGUCGAAAAGGAGCCUGUCACCGCAUUGCAGAAGUUCAACAGGUGGUUGUGGGGUUAG